AGACCACUGGAAAAGGUCCAAAAACCCAAGAAAAUGGUCGUAUUUAGAGGAAAAGGUUCAUGGAGUAUUUCAGAUUUGAAAUUUGAUCCUGAAAAAUUUAGUUUAGAAUUUUCAUUCCGCACAAAAGAAGAAAAUGGUGUCUUGGCAUAUGGCAGUGGACAGUUUGAACUUCUUGAGUUUGUGAUACAUUUAAUACAUGGAUGUCCAACUCUACAAAUUUUCAAAGCAGGUGAUCCAGAACUUAAGAACCUUUCAGUUACUUCUAAGUCUCAAAAUUUUAGUGAUAGCCAUUGGCACAGAAUUAAAAUAGAAUUGACCAAACAUGCAAAAGUAUUAAUUAUGAACAAUAACAGAGAAAAUUCUCAGUCAGUGAAGUGGAACUUAUGCUUUAACAAACACACUGAUAUAUCAUAUGUCGUGUUUGGUGGAAACACAGGAUACAUAACAAAAGAAGUUUUGAAAUGUCCAGAAAGAUAUGAGGGAUGUAUAGGUGAUGUCAUCAUUAAUGGUGAUUUUCAUGGGCUACAUCAUUCAAAGAGUGACAUUCAAGGUGAUGUGAAACCAGGUUGUCCUUGGACAGGCGAGCUCAAAAUUGGGGAAAAAUGUGAGUUGGAUGACGAUUGUAAAGAAAGUCAUGUUAUUUGCAAAACAUUUAUCUGCUCCUAUCCUUAUGAUCAUCCUGUACCAAACAAACAACGUUGUCUGCCUGCUAGCCACCAUAAUACCUCUUGUGAGAUUAAUGAUCAGUGCUCAUUUAUUGAUAAAGACACCAACUGUAAUCAAGCUGCCCAUAUGUGUCAGUGCAAAGAAUAUUUCCUGUGGUCUCAAAGAAGAAGAAAGUGUGUUAAAAAAGGUGUGUUAAAUGGAGAUUUAAAAGUGUUGAUACAGAAAACAUUGUACCAUUGUUCUAUAUUUGUGUAAUAUGCACAUUCAGUUCUUGGUCAUCAUCAGGUACAAAACCUUGUCGAAACGUUGUACAUGUGCUGUUAUGUUAAACUUAUAUUAAAGU